CUGAUUGAUACCAUUAACUUUCAGUAUAUUUCUAAGAUUAUCUAAUUUGAAUACAUUUGACAAAUUUUUAUGUUUCAAUAAAUAGUAGUUUUUCCUUAUAGAAUUUAUAACAAAGGCUUUACUAAUGAAAAUUCCAAGUAAACUUUUUUCCAAAAUCAAAUGGCAAAAUCUCAUCAAAAGAUGGAAAUCAGACAGUUCACCCAUGAUCUUUAAUUGCGGUCCAGAUUUGGAAGACCGUGGAAUAUGUGGGGUUGAGGCAUGUAAUGCAGAUAAAUGUUAUGAAGAACCACGUGUAGUGAUUAUUGGUGCCGGAAUGGCAGGUCUUUCGGCGGCUGCUCGAUUAUCUCAACGGGGUAUUAAUAAUAUUGUGGUACUGGAAGCAUAUGAAAGACCCGGGGGCCGAAUACUUUCAUGUUGGCUAGGUGAUAUUGUUGCUGAACUGGGUGCCAGUUGGAAAACUAAAAAUUUAGCAACUCAUCCAAUCUGUUCUCUAUCUACUUUUGAGGAUCCUCCUCGGCCAGGAGUUCCUGGUGUUGAGCAUCCCCGAGGUUUAUUCAAUAAUGUCGUCUCUGGUAAAAUGCCCUUUCCUUCCACGAUUACAGCAUAUCAUAAAUUUCGUCAGAUUGAAGAAGAAGCUGCCCAAAUAUAUUGUCUCGGUGGAAAUAAACAACAAGGCUCUCUUAUUAAUUUUAUGAGCUUAAGAAUUCAACAAGAACUACAUGAAUAUCCCGAAGAACAGCAGCAUGAUGCUGCGAGGAUAAUGUUUGGGCUUACACAUAUGCUACAUGCAAGGUGUGGAGAUGAUAUAGGAUUACUCUGUGCUGAUCAUUCUGGAUGUUUUAUGAACAUGCCCGGGGGAGACGUUCGUGUUCCUUUAGGCCUUGUCGGCAUACUCGCACCUCUUUUGCGACAAAUUCCAGAAGGGGCAAUACGUUAUUGUAAACCUGUAAAUUGCAUUUACUGGGGUACCUGUAUGAAGUCGGGCUGUCGUGCAUAUGUUUAUACAACCGAUGGUGAAGAGUUUCAGGCUGACUAUGUCAUUUUAACUCCAUCUAUAGGAGUGCUAUGUUCGAAUGCUGUGAAUCUUUUCUGUCCUUCGCUACCCGCCUCUAAAGUAGAUGCUUUAAAAUGUUUAUGUUUAGGCGCUUGUAACAAAAUAUAUCUCGAAUACUGCCGUCCGUUUUGGUAUUGGCACAAAGGUGACCUUAAUUUUACAUUUGAACCACGUUCAAUAGUAGAUCGUUCUGAUUGGACUCGGGGGAUAAAGUCUAUAGAAAUGGUACCAAGUAGCAAGCAUGUACUCAGUAUAUUAGUAGAAGGACCGGAAGCGGCUGUGAUGGAAAAUCUAACCGACAAAGAUAUAGCUGAAGGUAUAACAGAGAUUUUAAGGAUGUAUACAGGGAACCAGUACAUACCAUAUCCUGCUACCGUGUUACGAUCGUUUUGGUCUUCUGAUCCUCAUUUCUUAGGAGCGUAUUCGACCGACUGUGCCAAUACUGAUGGGUAUGCACAAAGAAGUCUUGCGUGUCCUGUUCCAGGACCGAGUGAGCCGAUACCACCAAUACUGUUAUUUGCUGGUGAGGCAACGGUUCCUGGUAUGAACGGGACAGUCGCUGCGGCUCGCCUGAGCGGGAUAAGAGAAGCUGAAAGAAUUGUAAAACUAACUUUACAGUACAAAGGUCCGCCAUUGCCGUACGGGUGGUGUACUCCAUGUCCACCGAGUGAACCAAAGAAAGAAAAGAUGAAGACUUAA